CCCGCCGGAUCAACAAACGUGAUCUCACCCUUGGACGGUAUUUCGGUCGCAUCUUGACUGUCUUCGGGGUUUGCAGUGGUCUGGACAAUGUCCUUCGGAGCUGUCGCGCCCUGGGUCUCCUUGGUCGCAGGGGGUGCGGGGUCUCCUGUCGGUGCUCAUCAGCGCUGGAUGAUAUGCUUAGCGAUCUUAAUUAUGUCCUCGCUUACCAUUCUCCUCAAGACAGGUGAUGCAUGGCUUCACUGGGGCAAUCCCAUUCCGAUCAACAGGGGCUUCAACAGGGGCUCCGACAGCUCCAACGGCUCCGACGGCCUCAGCAGCCUCAACCUCCACGCUGGACAUGGUAUCCAGGCUCAAUUCAAGAUCAAGAAGUAGAUCAAGUUCAAAGCCUACGGAGUGGUCAGCGACACAGUGGUGAGCAACACACUAAAGAAACGGGAGCAAGCCAACAGACAAGAAGAAAUAUAAGAACGGACUCUCGAGAAAUCGACAAAUGACGAGUCCGUCCAGACU